GCUAAAAGUGCUUUGGCUAGAACACCUGCUCGCCAGAACGAGACCCUCUUCAGUCCUGCCAGCUAUUCACCAAUUGGUACACCUCGAACGCACACAGCGGCACCCGGUUCUGGUAAAAUUGUUUACACUUUCGGUAAUCCAUCACUUAUAACCAACGCUCAAUGGUCAUUUACAACACCGCAGCCAAGAAUUACUGUUAAGCAGCUGCUACAGCAUGAAGGAAAUUGUUUGGGACCCGGCACCAAAGCCAAAUAUAUGUUUGAUAAUCUCUAUGAGAAGGCCGAAAUAGCUGGAGAUCGUAUUUUUGAAAUUGGUAAAGCAUUGUGCAAGAAGGUAUUCGGUGAGGAGAAUGAUAAUUACGAAUUGUGGCAGGUGGAUAUGCAUUCUCAAGAUGUUAUCAAAACAAUUGGUAUUGUACACAGUGAUUAUGAUGGCCCCUUGGAUCCCUCAUCCACCAUAUUAGUCGGUUCCAACGAGGACAGUUGUCACACGGUACGUUUGAAUUUCUCCAAAACCAAAUCGGUGGGUAUUUUCCCUGGUCAAGUUAUCAUGGUAUCGGGUAUGAAUCCCAAAGGUGAUGUCUUUAUGGUUGAGGAAGUAAUAACCGAACAAAAUCUACAACCACCAAAACCCCCACAAAUUGCUGACCGUUUAAGUUUUGUCAUUGCCGCUGGUCCCUUCACCAAUGAUGAUGACUUGGUAUAUGAUCCAUUACAAGAUUUGGUUAUGUAUUUGAAAGAGAAUCGUCCAAAUGUGUUAAUACUUUGCGGUCCAUUUAUGGAAGCCGAUCAUAAAGUCAUUAGUGAUAAUGUAACCCUGGCCGAAACCUUUGAGGCAUUCUUUGAAAAAAUGAUAACCGGUAUUGUUGAGGCAAUUGGUCAGGAGACAACGAUACUGGUGGUUGCAUCACAUCGUGAUGCACAUGCUGAUUGUGUCUACCCAACAAUGGCCAUACAAAUGAAAAAGACCUUUCCAAAUGUCCAUAUGUUACCCGAUCCUUCGAUGGUGGAUUUAAAUGGUCUGGUUAUUGGUGUGACUUCUACGGAUAUUGUAGAUCAUAUUUUGGCAGAGGAAUUGGCGGUAAAUGCUGGUGAUAAAGUCAAACGUGUCGUCAACUAUUUGCUACAUCAGAAAUCGUUCUACCCCUUGAAUCACCCCAAAGAAGAUCAAAUGUGCUUGGACAGUGAUUUGGCCAAUAAAUAUGCACGAAUUGAUAAAAUUCCAAAUAUCUUAAUCUUGCCCAGUACUCAAAAGUGUUUCCUAAGGGUUGUCAAUGGAUGUUUGGCCAUAAAUCCCGGACGUUUGGCAGAUAGCAGUGGUGGUACAUUUGCCCGAUUCAUUAUCAAUCCCCCAGCACCCAAGGAAGAAGCCAAUCUCUUUAAUUAUGUUGGAUGUCAAGUGCGUAAAGUUUAAUGUGGA